GAGGUCUCUCAUUGGACGGCCUGACCAUUCUUUCACAUUGACCAUCCAGUUCUUGAAAACAUCGAGCAUGACAGAGCGUCCUCAAAUGAAAGUUUCAGACACUACAGUUGGGAGAAGACUAGUCAUCAGGUUGAAUUAUUGCCGAGUUAUUUCUCUGUAAUAAAGUGCUGCAAGAGACGUUGUUGCUACAGCAGGAACAUUCACAACAUUAGGAGUUAAAAUGUAGCAGAGGGACCGAUUGACCGAGCGGCACUGUUUGGGAACCACACUGUCAAGUGCAAUAAAGUAAAACUUGAAAUCACCUGAUGAAAGUCAGUUUGUAGCUGGGUUAACCUCUAAGGACCCCCAUUACAGUUUCUCUUUGUGUCCUUCACCUCAGCAGCUCUUGAGGAAGAUUGACUUAUUGAUGGCUGGCUUUCCGGGUGUAUGGAAGUUCACCCGGGUGCGUAGACAGCUUCACUCACACAGGACACGCUUCAGUGCUGCUGCAGAAAAGUAAUGAAUUUUUAUGUCAUCCUUUUUGUUUCUGAAACAGCACUGAACUGUAAAAACACAGAAGUUGACAUUAUGAUUGGCUAAUGAAGUAUUCAUAACGUGUAAUACCUCAACGUUGACGUAUGUAGCAAGAAGUAAGCUAGCCAGGUAAAUUGUUUUCAGCGGCAAAAAGCAGUCAGCCAUUGUGGACGAUUCUAGCGGCAAUUGUGUUCUGUCAGAGAAUAAUUUGUGGACAAAAUUUUGUGACAACUGACACACUAGGUAGCUGAGAUGCAAACCUGCCUAGGAUAGUGUUUAAAACCUGCAUGUGGAUAUACUAAAAAAAAAUAAAACAAGUGAAAAGUGUUGAGAAACAACUGCGUGUGGAUAUUCUUGAAAAAUCGGAGUACACGAGAAGAGCGCGUGAAGAAAUAGGAUUUCAUGGGGUUAGUGUUGAGAAGCAAGACUGUACCGGAACAAUGUUGAGAAACAGAAACGCAUACAAGUGGUGUUGUGAAAAGUUUGUUUCGUUUUCGGAAUUCUGAAUUAAAUUGUUGACAACAACUGAUUGAUGACAUUUUAAUGGCUAACUAACGUUGAGAAUGUAUUUGAGACUGAUAAACAAGACAAAGACAAAACAUGAAUGUCACUGUGUGAUUGUUCUCUUGCAGUAGUUUAGUCUUGCAUCAAAGGAAAUUGAGACACGAACCGUCUGCAUCAGAAGUCACGAUCCACAACGGAUGUCAUCCAUGAGAUGGUCACGUCUGACGCCACCUGGCGGCUGUCUGUGCAGCCUCUCGCUGCUCAUCAUGGUCUGUACUUGUGAGGGAAGCAUGGUGUCGAGGACAUGGACGAAGUUUUUUAUAGACAGCAGUGUGUUUAGAAUGCAGACCUACUCCAGGCUGGUCACAGCGCCGUCUCGUAUCAUGUGUGCUGACCUUUGCUCUCUCACCACCGCAUGUCACGUCUUCUACUUCCGCUCGGACACCGGCCACUGCUUUUUGUCGCCGACACUAGGAAAAGGCAACUCGACGACAUCUACACCACUGACUCACGUCUACUUUGAUGGAGUCACGUGUCCCUACAACAGCGACUACCAGUUGUUUGGCCUCACUUCGUGCAUGAAGCUGAGUACCGCGACUGAGUCCAUCGUCGCUGCAAGAAAGUCAUGUGAUGCCGAUGGAGGGAGCAUCGUGACGAUGAAGACUGUUGAGAAAUCCACGUUGCUGUAUAACCUUUUCUACAAGACGACAGGUAUAAUUUCCAUGUGGCUGGACGCCAGCGAUGCUGUUCAAGAAAACCGCUGGGUGUGGGCUGACGGAGACACCUUUGACCGGACACAUCCACUGUGGCGGGUUACCGAUCCAGAUGGCGGUACGGCCCAAAAUUGCUUGGCUACCUUUGAUUAUUCGGGAAUCUACUACUACGUGUACAUCGAUACUUACUGUGCAUUGACCACUACUAAACGAUAUGUAUGUGAAAUUCUAAUUAAGUAGGAUGUAGCGAUAAAAUGUAUGGAAGGUGACUGUAGAAAAAUAUGAAGAUGGACAUUACCUAAAUUAAAUAUCUGACAGAGGACUAUAAAAACAACAUUAAAUCUGCUUUUUCAUUAUUAUUCUUUUUCCCCUGUCCUCUUCUAAAGAUAUGUCCAACAAACUCUAACAUAUCAUUGAAAAGGGCAAACAUUUUAUCGUGUUUAUGUCUUUAUAUUUAUAUAUUGCUCAAAUACUGAUUACAGAACUUUUGAGAGAACUUAUUUUUAAAGCUGUAAAAAUUAAGGUACAAUGAUUGAUUUGUGUUAGUUUGACGCAUAUGAUUUCUGUAUUGCAGAUUAUACUUACAUCCAUACUUAUUUUUCAAUGUUUUACAUCAAGAAAGUUUUCUUUGUACUCUAACGUGUCUGUCACAAUACGAAAUAAUUGUUAAAGACUGAAGAUGCUUAACUUUCGUCUCUGAAUAUGUUUUAUGGGUGAUGUACUUAUGACUUCUCAGAACUGUUAGUGUUUAGUGGGGCGUUUGAAGUGUUCUCUUUAUUUCCUUUAAGGAUAGCUGCUAGGAAUACCUGGCUUUGCCAGGUUUACUUUCCAUCGCGAACUUUUCCGUUGGUAUCCCCUACUAGUAAAGAAUAAAGGAGAGAAACCUCUGUUAAAAUUACCAUCUUACAGUGUUUCUUUUCAAAAACAAU